AUGAGCAGAUAUACUCAUUUAGUAGGGGAGAGUGGAGAAAAAAGUAACUAUGUAUACUAAUCUCCAAGAAAACAAGUAGUAAUGAUGGUACCACCAGGAAAUAAAAGAUCAAACUUGAGAAAUGCUUAUAAUACAAGUUCAACAUUCUACUAAGAUAACAACGUUGAGACAUAAGACACUUAGACCAAGUUAUUGUUUAGUUAAAGUGCAAAUGCUCCAUAAUAUUUACAAUAUAAUACUUUAUCACAAGGACUUAAUACUGGCAGAGCUAAUCAUGAAACUAUUAAUUCAUAAAGUGAUGAAUAGACUCAAAAUGUCACUUCCCCUUACUCAAAUAGUAUUGGAGUAGGUUAAAAAUCAUUAAAGCAAUAACUUAAGUUAAUAAAGCCAAGAAUAAUGGGAAUAAAAUAGAAUUUAAAUUCUACUGGAGUUGGUUAGACAGCUUCCUCUGGAUAUGGGAAAAGAGUCUAAUCAAAACAAGACAGAAAUAGUGAAUAGAGAUAGCCACCACCCUUCAUAGAAAGAGAAAAUGAAAAGCGAAUCAAAGGAAAUCACAUAUAAAAUUCUAUCAAAAUCAUGAGGCAAGAGGAAAGAAUAUAGCAAGGAAGAUCGAACAUCAAUUCAUUUAAUACAGGAAAUUUCGACAGGAUAGGUAAAGAAUUAUAAAAGACAAGAAUGGGAUUUGGAAUUAGAAAUGAAAGAGAGGAGCUUAAUGAGUUAAUGAGAAGCACCGAUAGUACAAUUCUUAGAAAAUCCCCAGAUAAGACAGUUAUCCCCCCUCCUAAAGCAAUAGUGCCAAAUCUCGAGGAUGAACGAUUUAAAGAAUUAGAGAGAGAUUAAAUUGAAUUUCAUGGACAACCUCCAGGUAUAUUCAUAAAAAAUAAACAAGCAGAAAAAUGGAUGUCUAAAAGAAAGGUUUAAGCAGGUGGUCAGAAUACUACAAACAGAAAGCAUGUAGAAUUUGCAAAGAAUCUAUUUAUUUCAUGGGAUGACGAUGGUUCUGGUGUUUUAGAGGCAGAAGAAAUAAUAAAGCCCUUAGUUGGAUUAGGAUUGUCUUCAGAUUCUAAAUUUGCAGUUAAAAUCCUUCAAUCUUUAGAUCCUAAGAAUGAUGGAUCAUAAAAAGGAAAAGAUGACUUGAGAAUUACUCUUAAAGAUUUCAUCAAGAUUUUUAAAAGUGAUAAAGUAAGUGAAAAUCUAGUAAGCAUCAUUAAUAGCGAAGUAAAUCAACUCAAAAUGUAAUAGCAAGAGACUUAGAUUGUAAAGCCACCAGCAUAAAGAGUUAAACACCCAGAUUUUAAGUCUCCUAGAAAUGCUUCAAAUGAAUAAGAUUCCAAUAUGUAGCUUUCAACAAAUAAGUCCAAAAUUUCUGUCUCAAUGAGAACAAAUGAUCAUAAAAAAAUUAUUGAAAUACCGAUGGAUAAAUAUAUAGAUCAAAUUUCUAUCCAUUAAAAGAUAUUUGAUAGAAAUGAUGGCUAGCAUAAGUAUAGAACUUAAGUUUAUAAAGUAAAAGGUGGUUAACAACUAGCUGAUCCUUUUGAAAACUAUAUUUAAAUUAGAGAUGAUAAUAAUAGCUAGCAAACCUUCUCUGCUUAUACCAAUAAUAACCAGCAUCUUCAUACUUAAAAUUCAGAUGUGGCAGCACAUAAUUAAGAUUAGAGAAGAUUUUUAAGCACAAGCCCAAUUAUAAAAGCAGAAUUCAAAGGCUAAAAGAAAUUCAAUAAAGAGGGCUAGUAAAAUAUGCUAGCAAAUUAAGUGAAUGUUAGAUAUCAUAGCAAAGACAUUGCUGCUGGAGGUUAAAGUUAAUAGAGUGAAUUUGGAUAGCAUUCAUCUCAUCAUUAUUCAAAUAGAAACCCAGUUUAAAAGACUAAAAAUAUAACAUUACAAGAGUAAAUGGAGAUAAUUAAAGGUUGGUGGAAGUAGAUGGACCCUAAUGGGAAUGUCUUAUUUGAGCACAGUAUAAACACUGUCUGUGGAUUCAUGGUUAAAAAAAGAUUAGCUUCAGAUAAAGAGCAAGCAGCUAAGAUUAUCUUUGGUUAAUUAGGAAUGGCUACAAGAAAAGAUAAUAUUAAUUUUGAUGAAUUCAACAGGGUAUUUUGCAAAGGGAUUUUCAAGGAGGCUCUAAUUAAUGUAACCAACACUUUUGAUUAGAUGAGUAUGGCAAAACAAAGUGUGAAUGAUCUUCCUCUCUCUUUGAAGAUUAACGAAUACCAAAGAAGCUAGAUGUUCUCUGGUCUAGAUCCUAAAUCUGAGUAUUAUAAAGAAGGCAGAUAGAUUCUAAACUCCCUGAAUUAAAUUAAGGAAGAAGAGGGACAGAUGAACGAUAUUGCUGAUAAGAGAUAGCCAACAAAUGAGGGUAAUAGAUAUCAAAAUUUUCUUGAAGAUCCCUUAGGCCAGAAAAUAAAACUAAAAGAAGAAGAUGAAAAGCAGAAAAAAUAAAGUGAUCCAUUCGUUGAUAGAAUAAAAUUUAUUGAAGAUGUUGAGAAAUCUCAUUAAGCUAGAAGACCAGUAAAUGAUACUCGAGUAGAUAGUGAUUUAAGCAAUAAAUUAGCAACAGCAAUAAUGGCUAAGAGAAACAAUAAAAUGACAUUGCUAGAGACUAAAUAGAGAUACUAAGAUGAUAGCUAAAUGAAGAAAAAUGCUAAUUAUACCACUAGAGACUAAGAUUAAGCAAGAUAGCUUAGAAAUUAGGAGUCAAAAGAAUAAGUUAAAAUUCCAGCUGUGUAUUUGGAAAAAUCUAAAGAAGAAAGAUUGAAGGAUCAGAACGAAUUGUUAUCUAGAUUUUAGAAACUUUUAUCAAUGCAUCCUUAGAUGAAUUCAGAAAUUUGA